AUGAACCAACCAGGGGGGAUUAUGAACGACCAAGGGAAGGGAACCCUGCUGGUCAGUGAACGGAACAAAGAACCAAACGUGCACAGUGAAGGAUGUCCAACUGACCCCCAUGGUGAAACGCACCAAAAGAAACAACCCCUCCAACAAGAAGUGCCAACAGGUAAUAUAACAAUCACGGAAGAGAAAGAAAAAAAAAAAACAGAAGAUGUGCUGAAGAACCGAACAAGUGACGUCGACGAAGGAAAGACGAACACAGAGAAUGCAAAAAUGAAUCGACCUGAGCGACCAGACAGCAAAAGUGCAAAUCUGGAUGAAGAGGCCUUCGUGAAGAAAGCGCCAAGUGAUGACCCGCUAUGGAUAGCCGGAGAAGGACCUGCGUCUAAAAUGGACACGAACAAGGAGGAAACAUCAAAUGGGGAGGAAAGGUCAAAGCCAGAAAAACUAACCAAACUGAUGCAAGAAACGGGGGGCAAAAAGGGAGAAGUGACAGGUAGGAGUGACCCAGUUAGUGGCAAGGAUGCCUCCCUAGGAAGUAAAAAUGGCUCGACGUGCACCCCAAACGGGUUAACGCAAAGCCGCGGUGGCCCCCCAAACAGCUCAGUAGGCUUCUCGCCCAAUUCUGCUCCAAGAUCGACAUCAAAAUGGGCCCCAAAAUUGACCUCAAAAUUGGCACAAAAAUCUGCACCCAAAUCAACACUGCAUUAUGCACCAACCGUCGCGCCGCACCUCCGGCAAAGUGGCCCCGCGAGCACCCUCUCGUUGAACCGCGGAAAGUGCGCCUCACUAAAGAAGGUGCCCCCAUGGACUCUCCACGGAUGCAGAAGCAAAACGAGUUUACCAUCUGUGCAUCUGAGGGGGAGUGAAGACAAACGGAAAAGGAACCCAUAUGAAACAUCGCGAGAGAAAAAAAUGACAAUUUUGGUGAAGAGGGUACGGUGCUUGACCUCCUUUGAAAGCGGGACUGAAAGCAGUGGAGGGGCAGAUGCCGCCAACCCGAGGGGUUCUACCGGUGACGAUGGAGGAGGUGCAGUAGUAGGACCGAAGUGUAGCAUCAAAGGGGAAGGAACAGAUGCUACCAAUGCAACAUCUAACCUUCCGAACCCAGUGAAUGAGAAGAAGGACACUCUACUCCUGUUGCUAACGAGGGACUUCCGCGUGAACGACAACUGGUCACUGACAUACGCAUAUGAGAUGGCCAAAAAGAAGGGGUUCGCCCUCAUCGCCUGCACAUGUCUAAACAGGAAAGAAAAAGUAACGAACCGAUUUAUUCACACAAAGUUGAAGGUUCUAAAGAAUUUAGAGCAUGCACUGAAGCAAGUGAACAUCCCCUUCUACCUCUUACCUCUCUACAUGAUAGAUGAGUUUAGUGAAUUCAUAAAAACGCAUCAAGUAAAAGUAAUCACGUGUGAUCUGCAUGUGUUGAAUGAGGAGAAGGCAUUCAUUAAGUCGCUGUCUCAUUUGUGUAACAAGAGGAAGGUUAAAAUGUUCCAAGUAGAUUCACACAAUAUUGUCCCCAUGUGGGUCACCUCCAAAGUAGAGGAAUGCUCAGUGAGGACAAUCAAGCCAAAGAUACAGGCUCUCCUACCAACCUUCCUAACUGAAUACGUAUCGAUAGAACCUUUUGAGCAGAAUUUAAAAUUCCCGGACCCGUUUGACAUAGACGAGGUGAUGAGCAAACUCAGCGUGUCCAACACUUGUGCGGAGGUUCCCAAUUUUGUCCUCACGGAAAAAAAGGCACAGGAAUUGCUCAGCGAUUUUUGUAGGAAGGUGUUGGAUAAGUACAACGUGAAGAGGAACGACCCCAACAGCGACGCCGGCAGUGUGUUGCUGCCGUAUGUUAACUUGGGGGUCAUAUCUGCCCAGAGGUGCGUCCUGGAGGUGCACAAACACGCGUACAGCAACCCGUCCAUAAAUGCAGUAAGCGGAAAAGAAUCCUUCAGCGACGAUUUUAUCAUGCGCAAAGAAUUGGCCGACAAUUACUGCUACUAUAACAAAAAUUAUGACAACUUCGAAGGUGGAAAAGACUGGGCAAAGGAAAGUUUGAAAAAACACGACGCAGAUAAGAGGGAGUAUUUGUACGACUAUGAAGACUUCAGGAGUGCCAAGACGCAUAGUGACAUGUGGAAUUGUUGCCAACUACAACUUACCAAUGAAGGAAUAAUGCAUGAAUUUUUAAAAGUUUACUGGGCGAAAAAAAUUCUGAACUGGUCAGCUAAUUCGCAGACUGCGUUAAAAUACGCCUUGCAGUUAAAUAACGAAUUGUCGAUUGAUGGGAAGACGCCCAGUGGGUACGUUUCCAUCAUGUGGUCUAUCAUGGGAGUCCAUGACCAAAGUUGGAACGAGAAAAACAUCUUUGGGAGAGUUCGAUUUAUAAACAGUAACGGAUGUAAACGCAAUUUCGACCUGAACAUGUUCAUGUCAAAAUAUCCCAAGGGAAAGGAAAACGCUUCCAUUGUGAAGAAAAUUCCCACCAUUACUUUUGCCAGUUAUUUGAAGAAGCGGAAAAAUGGACCGACCACUCCACUUGAGGAACCCACACGGAAGAUUCGCAGCAAGGGGCCCGUCAGCUGA